CCCCACCCGAAAGAAAUGAAGAACCAAGAAGGCUUCCUACCAAAAUAAAGAACCCAGAAGGCUCCGCAGGGGCGCUUGUGGCGGUGACCGGACGGAAUCGACGGGCGGCGAUGCUGCUCCCCCGCGGUGCGUUAAAAGCGUCUCCCACGCCGAGGACCGGCGGCCAACGGGCGAUGCUAUGCGUUGCACCAGUUGUCGUCGCGAUGCUGCUGCUGGGAUGCGCCCCGGAAGCCUCUAAUGCGCUCGACUCCAAGUCCGUUUCCGCCUUCGUACAGAACGUCGUCUACUCCAAUCGGAUCGCCAUCUUCUCCAAAUCCUACUGCCCGUAUUCACUACGUGCUAAACAUGUGUUUAACAAACUACAUGAGAAGCCUUUCGUCGUGGAGCUUGACCUUCGAGAUGAUGGGCCGGAAAUUCAAAAUGUUCUUCUAGAUUUGGUUGGUCACCAAACUGUACCGCAAGUUUUUGUGAAUGGUCAACACAUUGGUGGCUCGGAUGAUACAAUGGAGGCGCUUGCAAAUGGGAAACUUCGAAAGCUUCUUGGUAAAAAUCAAUCACAGCUGUAUGACGGAUGAAGCCAAUAACUUUAUCAAAUUGCUCUUGGGAUCACAGGUUUAUUUCUUUGGUUAAGGUUGAUAGACGUAACAUUGUUGCUUUUGAUAGUGUGAAGAAAUGGAUGCCUGACAUGUAAUUGCUAAUCUUUAGCAUAAGUAUGCAAAAAUAUCAAUUGCACAGUAGUUGUUUUCUAGUACAUGAUUGUUGAUCUCAUUGCCCAGGGAGCUAUGCCCUCAUGCUGCCAAGUUUAAUUAGCAAAAGCCCCUAGUGAUCUAAUUGUAAGUGGAGGGAACUAUUGUGCUUCUUGGAUAAUUGUCAUUUUUUUGAUUGAAGCUUCUUGGACAAUUGUCGUCAUU